GUCGUCGUUGCCGGAAUCGGAUCGCCGCGUCUCUGUCUGACAGUGCAGCAGUGGAGAGAGCGGCAGCAGCAGCAGCAGGAGCAGCAGCAGGAGCAGCAGGAGAUUGAAGAGGCGCCAUGUGUGACGAGGUGGCCAAGGCGCAGGCGGCUCGGCCCGGGGGUGACACCAUCUUCGGCAAGAUCAUCCGCAAAGAGAUUCCAGCCAACAUCAUCCACGAAGACGAGCAGUGUAUCGUAUUCCACGACGUGGCCCCCCAGGCCCCCACCCAUCUCCUGGUCGUGCCCAAGAAGGUGAUCCCUGGCCUUCCCAACGCCACUGCCGAGGACCAAGCGUUGCUCGGACACCUGAUGCUGGUGGCGGCGAAGGUGGCCGCGCAGGUCGGCCUGACCAGCGGCUACCGCCUGGUGCUAAACGACGGGCCCGAGGGUGGCCAGUCCGUCUACCACCUGCACCUGCACGUGCUGGGCGGGCGCCAGCUGGGCUGGCCCCCGGGCUAAACCCCGCGCCACCGCUGCCCUCCUCCUCCUGCGAUGGAACGCAUGCACUCGAGACGCGGCGGCCAGUUUCCCCUUGGGAUGCAGCAUACUGCGAGCCGCAACCACCCUUGUGGGGGGACCAGCGAUGAGCAGGUCCGCAUCGGGUUUUAAAACGCCCCCCCCACCACUCCCUCCGGCUAUGAAUGACAGACCCUGUCAGUGGCACUGCAUGUGAAGCUCACGACAAGACACGAGGAGGAGUUGGCAAAACCCUUGCCGGGUUGCUUGGCAGCCUGCAGACAUGCAUUGUGGUCUGGGUGUCGCUUUUCCUGCCAUUGACGUCAAUAAAAUCUUAAACUGUG